AUGUUCUCUGGUUAUAAAAACAACUAAGUCCCUAACAUGAUCAACGACGAAAUUUGUGAAGACUAUCUCUUCUAAUAUUCUGAAACUGGCGAUCAAGUCUACAACAAUGAAAGCUGCAGUGAAAAUCGCCUUGAAAAAUACGAAUAAUUUAACGACUACAACAACGACUCUAACAUACUAAUGUUCCAAGACGAUAAUCUCAAUACAAAUAAAGACUUCAACUAUGAAGUCUAAAAAGACUACAAUGAUUAUUAUACUUAACAAUUACAAAAUUAACCACUAUAUAAUCCUGCUGAAUAAUACUAAUAUAACGAAGCUUAUGAAGAAAACAAUUAUGUUAAUUAUUAAAAUUUCUAAAAUCAAAACUACGCUCCAAAGAAUAUAUCACAAUAAUAACAUAACAACUCCUACUCAAAUAAAAAAUAUUCUUAAAACUAACAACAAUAACAAUAAUAAAACGACAGAUUCACUAUGGCUCUUAAAUACAAUCAAAAACCUUAUUAAGUUGCCUAUUUUAAUUAAGGUUAUCAAGAGGAACCAACAAUGAUUAAUAAUUAAAUUAAGAUUGAUCAAAAUAGAAUUUAAAGUAAUUAAGAUCAAAAGAUUAUUUACUCUUCAAACAAUAUCAGAAAUAUCCAAGAUAAUUACAAGGAAAAAGAAAUAUAAUAAAAUCUGAUACCAAAAGAAGAAGUCUAAUAAUAAGACUCUGAAGCAAAUCUUUCUAAUUUUUAUAAUUACAAUUAGCAAUAACAACAACCCCUAUUUAAAGCCGAAUAAGCUUUCGAACAAGUGAUUUAAUAAUCAAGCUCUAUUCCAGCCUCUGUUAAUUAUUAUCAAAUAUACUAAGACUAUUACAAUAAAUAAAAUUUGCAAUCCAGCCAAGGUGCUGAAUAAAACAUAUAAUCUAAAAUUAACAAUCCCUAAGUAAAAUCAGAAGAAGAUGAGAUUCUUUCUUAAGUAUCUACCCUUCCUAACUCUUCUAACAACAAGGAAUAAUACUAAGAAAAUGAAUAAGAAGAAGAAAAUGGCGAAAAAAACAUGUAAAAUGAAUCUGAUUCAUUCUACUCUUCUCCAGAUUUGGAAGCUAAAAAAAUACUUAUUAGAAACAGUAACAAGAAAAACGUUGUCAAAAACAUCAUGAGUGCUUUCAAGAAUUUCAUCCUUGAGCCCUUACACCAUAACUAUAACUUAAAAGACUUGGAUGUCGUCCUUGAAAUGUACAAUUAGACUAAAAAGGGCAUUGAUGAUAUGUCUGAAAUGCAAGCCAAAUUCAAAAGAUACAUCACUUCCAAAAACUUCAAUCACUAUACUGUGAAACUCCUUAUCCAACACCAAAACUACUCUAAUGUAUUCAAAUAUUUCCUAAGUGGACCAAUUGAAGAAUGGAUUACCGCAAGCAAGGUAGCUGAUGUAAAUUCCCACAAAAUCAUGAUUGAAUUCCUCAAAGAAUGUUUUGAUGAUAUCAGAUUAAUUGAUCUUCUUAAGAGACACGAAAAGAAAAGAGCUCACUUCUAGUGA